UUGUCUAUUACGGUGCCGCCUCAACCCUUCAACUUCCUAAAAGCCAAUGCAACCGAUGCCAAUCACACUUGGCCUUUUUUAAAAAAAUUUCCAUUUUCGUCACGUCGCACAAGUAAGAUUAGCCCAACGGAGAGACGAAAAAGGGUUAACUUGAGGUGCAUAGCGACUGCAUAUGGGAUGGAGUCUAACAACGUAAUCGCACCGUUCGUUCUGAAGACUUAUAUGAUGGUCGAUGAUCCAACGUCUGAUAUGUUAAUCACCUGGGGUAGAGCCAACAACAGCUUCAUCGUCGUCGAACCUGUAUACUUCUCACAGAGGAUCUUACCGGCAUACUUCAAGCACAACAAUUUCUCUAGCUUUGUUCGUCAGCUAAAUACUUAUGGUUUCAAAAAGGUUGAUCCAGAUAGAUGGGAAUUUGCAAACGAGUGGUUUCUGAGAGAGCAAAAGCACUUACUGAAGAAUAUAGUGAGGAGAAAGCACAGUAAAAGUCCCUACAUGCUAGCGGAAAGUGGAAACUUUGACGACGAAGAAAUAAUUAUGGAGAUAGAAAGGUUAAAGGAAGAACAGAAGUUGUUAGAGGAAGAGCUCCAAGGGAUGAACAAGCGAUUAGAAGCCACGGAGAGACGCCCGCAACAAAUGAUGGCUUUUCUUUACAAAGUUGUUGAAGACCCUGAUCUCCUUUCUCGCAUGGUGCUUGAAAAAGAAAGAACCAGGAAACAAGUGUGCGAAAAAAAGAGACGCUUUAUGAUUUCUUCACCGCCAUCUUCUUCUUCCGGCAUGGGCUCAAUAAAAUCCGAAGAGGAAGAAGUUGACACUCUAGGAGUAAUAUCAUCAUCGCCGGAUUCAGGCUUCGACAUGUGUCAGUCAUCACCAUCACCGGAAAAUUCAAUAGAAUGGUUGAAUUAUGGGUGCGCUGGGUUUUUUUCUACUCCCAUUUCGGCUGUUUCAGCAAACGGCGGAGUUGAAAAUCCUAUGGCGGUGUCGACGGCGGGGAAUAGUAUUUCUUUUUUUGGAGAAACGGUGGAGGCAAGUCCUCGAUUACCUUAUCCAUUUUCACUGUUAGAAGGCGGAUCUUAGUUCUUUGUCACAAGCCUGCGUUAGUUGUGUUUUUUUUUUUUUUCAUUUCUUUCUUAAUGUUUUUAUUUUUCUGUUGUUAAAAAAAGUGAAUAAUUAUGUGUUUGAUAUGUAGCUCGAUCAUGCUUAUGUCUUUAUUGUGUAUGUAUAUAUGACAAGCUUCAGGAAAAUUUAAAUUCAUUGAAAGUUUUUAAUUUUUUCA